UAGCCGUGGAGGGAUGUUUUUCUUUACUGUGUUUCUGUUGAACGAGACGAGUUGACAUUUCCGUAAUUGUCAUCAUGGCUUAGGAAACAGUUAAUUUAACGUACACAAAACUAGAAUGCAAUAUGUCAGACACGAGACAAAAAAUUAUAAAAAAGUUUAAUGCCGAGUUGGGGUCCGAUUUAAAGGGACUUAAAAAAAUAUAUGAAUUUCACCAGUAUCUGAAUGUACAGAAGAAUGAAAUCGAAAAAUCGUUAUCAAUGGCAUCGUCCGAAGCUCCUUCAAAGGUGAAAGUGGUCAUUGAAAGCGUUGAAAGGACAAGCAUUGAGUUUGAACGAUUGCAGAAAUGCUCGGAGGAGUAUAGAAAUGAUGUGCAAAGGGUAACGAGCAACAAUGACAGCAACUUAGAUGUACAAAAAAAUGUUGAAACGAUAAGUUACUUGGACAAGUCAUUAGCGUACUUGAAUUUCAUAAAAUACGUUGAAAAUAUUAGUGAUGAAAUUCAAGUAGCAUUGGCUGCUGGCGACGACGAAACGACUAUUUCAUUGUAUACAAGUCUGACGGAUAUCAGUUGUCAGUUACAAUUGUCGUCUUGUCAACAUCUGGUCAAUUAUGUAAGGGAAACGCUUCACUUUUGGCACAACCUCGUCAAGGAUAAAUUAUCCAAGGAGUAUAACAACAUACUAAAGGCAUUGAAGUGGCCCUUCUGUGGCAAUAAUCCAUCCAAUUUGUUAAACACGUAUAUGCCGGAAACGUUAACUAAAUUUAAAAUACUUACAGAAUAUUUAUUCCAUUUACAAUUACCGGAAGACUUUGCUAAACCAGUGGUAACAUCAGUAUUAUUAACAGAUUUCACGCCUGUGAGUUUGCCAAUAUCGUUGAUGGUGCGACCGCUCAGACAAAGAUUUAUAUAUCACUUCACAGGUUCGAAGUUAACCAAUCGACAGGACAAACCGGAAUGGUUUUUCACCCAGAUAUUGACGUGGAUCAAAGAUCACGUACAAUGGGUGCAGAAAAAUGUUCAACCAGUCGCUAAUUCGAUAGGCUUCGAUCAUGUGGAUGCAAAGGUUGAAUUUAUGCAGGCUUUGGUGCAACUGGCAGUUGAAAAGCUUCAUUCGGAGUUGUCUAUAGUACAGUACGAUGAUGCUUUAUUUGCCCAUUUGGUGGACGAAGCACUGGGCUUUGAAAGAGAGCUGAGGGAUACGUUAUUUUAUCCACCAACACAGCCAGCCACUGUUUUCGUUCUCACUCAAGCUCAUAUUUUUGUCAAGUGGAUCAAUAUGGAAAAGAAAUAUGCUACGGAAAAAAUGGAUGCAAUUCUAAGUUCGAACACUGCUUGGGAAAAACUGUCCAACUCUGAUGCCGAUGAUAUGAAAGUAACUGAAUGCGCAGAUGCUUUCUUGACUCUUCUCACAACAAUUUCCGACAGAUACAAACAUUUGCCUCAACCAGGCCACAGGUUGCAAUUUCUGGAGUUGCAACUAGAAUUGAUCGAUGACUGGAGAAUAAGGUUGCUCCAACUAUUGCACGAAACUGACGACGAUCCUCUAACAUCUCUCAUGCCAUGUAUUCUUAAUACAUUAUACUAUGUAGCAACUGUCUUGGAAGAAUGGGGCGUCACCGUACACUUUUUGCAAUUGUACUUCUUCAAAAAGCAAUUCGAAGCAGUAGAGUCAGCUACGCUGGAAGGGAGCAACGCUACUGAAAAUGUGGGUGAAGUGGAAGGUUCUAUGUUCGACGAAGCUGUUGCGCUUUUGCGAAGGCUCGAAAAGGAAUUGAUUAAUGAAAUCAGCUAUUCUGUGGCUCUGGAUGUAAAAGCUAGGAGCAGAUCGUAUCGAACAGAUAAGUGGUUUGCAAUGCAGUCGGUGAAAGAAGUUGUUUCUCUGUCAGUUACACCCAGCGGAUAUUCCAUGUUCCAGGAACUGGCGACGCAGCUAAAUCUUCUUUACAACGCGCUGGCUUUACCACUGUUUAAUCAAGCUUGGAAGAGCCUGGCUUUGCAGUUUGAUCAAUUUCUUCUUGAAGAAGUUGUUCUGGUGAAUCAUUUCAAUGCAGGUGGAGCCGAACAACUAGAAUAUGACGUCUUCAGAAACCUGUUUCCAUUGUUCGGUUUGUACGUCAGCAAACCGGAAUCCUACUUUCCUCUGAUCAAAGAAGCUUGCAUUUUGUUAAACAUUCUAUUGGACUCGGCAAUGCUGUUGCUCAAAGCUCUGAACAAUAAUGACGAUAUUACGGGGAAAGAAAUCCUGGCGGACAUCGGGAUCCACAAAAUGAGCCCUGAACUCGCUUUGAAAGUGCUCGGAACCAGAACAGAUAUUAAUUAUGUAUAAAGAGGUUUUUUUUAGUGACUUGGGAUGUACUUUUGAAUAAUAACUCUA